AAAAAUGGCGCGGAAAUGGUCGUGCAUUUUCGUGUAUUCUCGAAAAUUUCCGCCAUCAUUUCUGUUGCGAAUAGCGUCUUCAACGAAAGGGGCGACAAGUGCCACGGUCGAACUAUUUACCUGAAUCUGUGUGCGAGUCGAUUAAGUGUGUGGGUCAAAGCGAAGAGGCAAAAAAGAAGUCACCUAAGAAAUCACUGCCGUCACACUGAAGGACACGAUCAUUCAUCUUUCUAUCAGUUCUUGCAAAUGGAGCACAGUCAUAAGAAUACCGACUGUUAUUUUUUCUAUUAUUCAACGUGCACAAAGGGUGAUAAUUGUCCAUUUAGACAUGAACCAUCUGCCUUGGGUUGUGAAACAAUGUGUGUAUAUUGGAAGCAGGGUAAAUGCCUUGAUGAACAUUGUAAUUUUAGGCACAUGGAGUUAAGAAAAAAUCGUAAAUCAAUUCCAUGUUAUUGGGAAACACAACCUGGAGGUUGCAGAAAACCACACUGUUCAUUUAUGCAUAAGAAUGCUCGUACAAUUACUAGUGAUCCUAUUAAUCCAGUAAAAAAUUUUGAUUUAACAUCAAAAACAAUGAAUCAAGAAUGGUCAAAUCGUCAAGAUGACACAAAAUAUGAUGGAAGUAGCACAGAAUCAGAUCAAGGUAGAGGAAGCAGUGAAGCAGGCAGUUUUAUUGGUAGUCCAGCUGUUGAUCCUCUUAUCGUCAAAUUUGAAGAAGAGUCGGACAAUGAAAGUGUACCGUCUCCUGUAAAGCCGCAGCCGAGGGUUCCUUACUGCAAGACGUAUGAGGAGAUUCGUCUGGAGGAGAUACAAGCUGAAAGUGCUGCCUACUAUUCUUAUCAGACCGAGGACUACCAGAGCGACGUCAGUGGUGGUAAAAUCAAGACGUGUAGGACCAAACGGAUCUGCCUUUAUCCUUCGAUGAUCAAUAAAGACAAGAAUAACGAGAAGGGAUUGGAUUUCGAAGUUCUCACAUUGGACGAAAUUCGUCGUCGGAAGACACAUAAAGAUCUUGAAAAGAAUCUAGUAGAGACUAAUAAAAGUAUAGGAGUCAAGAGAACAGAAUCGAAAAGUUUAAUCAACGAAAAAGAAGAAUUGACGACUACAGAAUUUUUGAAAGAAGCCAUGAAUACGUUAACCGAGACAAUUUCCGCAAGGGGGAUAAAAAGACGAUUAGAAGAGGAUUGUGAGGAACAAAAAGACACAUCUAGGCGUAAAGUGAAUUGUAAUGUUGAUCGUACUUUCAUUGUUACUAGUGCGCCACCUGUUAAACUUAACCGAAGAUCUCCAAGAAGGUUUAUCUCGCUCGAUAGUGAUAUCGAAAAUCGAAAAAGUGUGAACAAAACAGUGAAAACUAGCCAAGAGAAGCGGAUUGAAGAGAAUAAUGUGGAAUCAAUUAUUGGAAGAAAUAGUCCAGAAUCUACGUCUGUGGAAAGACUGAAUUCUGAACAAGUGUGUAUGAAUAAUAGAACUAGGAAGAAUGAAGUGGAAAUUAGGUUAUGCGACAGUAGUACGGAUGAAGAUCAAAUGCCAUUAGAGAAGAACGAAGAGAAGAAAUCAAUCGGCACAUUUACUGUAGAGGAUUCGAAGGAAACGUGUGACAGUUUGUUGAAUAUAAACGAAGAGGAUUAUCUAACACUGGACAUGGCGUCAGAUGAUAUAUUGAAAGACAUCGACGCGUUACUUAAGGAAAAACCUUCUGUUUGAGAAAGAAGCAAAUAAUGGAUUGACAAAGGGACAGGUACUUAUGAGAAUUCGGUUUGAUCGUUUCUCUGUCGGUCGUUUAUUGAUGAAUAACGAGAAGAAAUGUUUUACCUCGGUUUGGUUUGGUUUCCAUACAACUUCGAGGGUGACAGGAAAUGUUUUAUCUAUUUUUUUUUCUUUUCUUCGCAUAUAAAGUGUGAGAAAUGGUUCAAUUUUUGCUAGAACAUCGAUAGAUUUUUCAUAGACUGAUAAACAGAAAGAAUUUUUAAAUAAUAUAUUCUUAUCGUAUUAUGCGGAGAUAGUGAACGAAUAUAUAUUUAUUCAUUAUGUGCUUAGCCAUUUUUUGUCUGUGUUUAUAGUGAAAGGAAUCAUCAUAUCGAAAAUGGUAAACCAUUAAAUUUUGUCAAAUAUUUGAAUUCAAUUUUAUAUAACUUGAAUGAAAUUUAAAUUAGAAUUGUGACUAUUGAUAAAUAUCGAUAAUAUUAAUAUAUUAAUAUAUUGAUAAUAUCGUUAAAAUAUCAAUAAUGGAUAAAAAUAAUUGAAAUUUUUAUUUUUUUUUAUUCAAAAUUAUUAUUAAAAAUGUUGCUGUUAACGAUUAUUUAUGGAUAUUUCAUUGAAUUUUCGAUAUAUUCAAAAUAUCGUUAUCUAUAAUUAAAAUGCUUAUUUAUUUUUAUUGAAACUUAUUACAGAUAUUUAUUACAAACAUUUUUAAUGUUGUAAUAAUAAUUUUAAAUAAAAAUAUGAAUUCUAAUUAUUUUUAUUCAUUAAUUGUAUAUCUUAACGAUAUUAUAAUCGAUAUAUCAAAAAUUAAUAAUAUAUCGAUAAUCGAUAAUCAUAACUAGAAUUUGAAUUUUAUCAUAUACUGAAUUGUAAGCCUAUAACGAAUAAAUAGUUAUAUACGGUAAUAUUUUUUGUUCGAUUGUUUCGAAUUUAUAUUUGAUUAAUGCGAUAUCGAAUUUGUUUUUGAACAAAUAAUAAAAUUUUAGGUACAAGUCGAUGAUUAUCGAUCGAUAUCUAAUGAUUUCAUAUUCUGUCGAAUGUUCUAGCGGAAUUUAUAUUCCUGAAAUAUAAAAUUCGGUUUCUGCUAUAAUCCUAUUUCUUUUCUUUAAGGAUUAUUAGAAAUUAUUAAAUGAUUAGAAGAAUUCAGAAGAAGAAAGAUCAGAUUCGUGAGAAAAAAAAUUAUUUCGAUUUUAGGUUAAAUAAUGGUUCAUUAAUGUUGAAUAUUUAUUAUUCUAGUAUUUUUUUCUUUCGAUAAUAAUAUAGUUUUAAUAUAAUAUAUUUUAUUUGAUGCUUUUUUACGUAUAGUUUCUAUGUUAUAGCAUUUUAUCAUGAUAUAAUAAUUAUUGAAAACGAAUGCAUUUCUUCCUUUUAGUGUAAAUUUUUUCGGAUAAUUAUGUGCAUUUUAUUCACUUAAAGUAAUAACAAGAUUGAAAUUCUUGUACGUCAUUGUACGUAUUAUAUUUAUAUACAGGAUAUACAAAAAUAGAGAUUUAAAGCUUCUUAGGGCUAUUUUUAAAUACCCUGUAUACAUAGAAUGAUUCUAAUUUGACUACAGAGAAUUUGAUCACGUAGAAUUUACCUCGUAAAAUUUGUUUAUUAUAUAAAAAAUUGUUUUUAUGAUAAUGCUAUUUUUCUUUCAUUCUGUUAUUUCUUAUUAUUACGAUCUAUCUUAUUUUAAUUUUUCGUAUCAACAUGAUAAGUUUUGUAAAAAUUUAAAUUUCAGAGUAUCAAACAUUUAUUACAUAAUUAUUAUCGCAUACAAUUUAAAAAAUCGAAAAAUUAAAGGUCUUAAUUAGAAUAUUUUUCAACAACUAAGAUUUUGUUUUCUCAUAGAUUUUUUUCUUGCAAUUUUUAUAUAAUAAACGACUUACGAGUAGUUUUGUUAGAACGUAUCAACAACAUUUAAAAUUUUAAACGAGUUAAUGAAAAUAUUUUAUCCUCAUAUAUAGAAUGAGAUAUAUAAAACAGUAACAUUCGAAUGCAUCUUUUUUUAGAUUAUAUCAAGAUUCUUAUUUCUUUAAAAAUAAGUUAUUACAGACAUAUUGAUUUAAAAAGUAUAUUUUUCCGUUAGCAAUUUCACUUCUAUACUUUAUUUUUUAUCGAACUUAUUUCUAUUUUGGAGUAAUAUUUUUCGUGGUUCAUAAUCAUAACAUAAUCAAUAGUAAUUUUAAUUCUUAUUAUAUUUGCACGACGUUUAGCAAUUUGGGAUACGUUGUAAAUAGAUAUGAAAUAAGAAAAAACAAAUUUUUAGUAAAUUAAGUAACAUUAUACUGAUUAAAAGUAUAAAAAAUAUUAAAAAUAAAAAUUUAUUAUCAAAUUAAAGAAAUUGAUAAAUAUUAUCAAUUACAAUCUUUGCUAUGUAGAAUGAUUUUAAUAGAAUUGAAUACUUUAAGCAAUUAGUUUAAUUAAUUAUUAUAAUAAACAUCGAAAUAAAUAAUAGUCUGAAUUUAUAGAAAGUGAAAUUUUAUUUACAAAUUGAUGAUUUUUUUUAUCGAUUUUAUCUUUUAAUUUAUUUCAAAUUUUUCAUUAAACAUAAAAGUAAAAGAAAUAAGAAUAAUUAAAUAAGUAAAUUUUAAGCAAUUUUUUUAGCUUUUUUAUUUAAUUUAUAAUUAUCCAAAUUUCGAAGAGUUCUCUAAUAUUUCACUACUACUAUUAUAAUUAACAUUAAAAUAGGAUAAUAAUUCUUCUAUUCAUCGUUAAUUUAGAAAUAUCAUUAAAAAUUCGCUCAAAAAGAUACAAAUUAUAUUAAGAAUAUUUGUAAAAUAUUGAAAAUAUAAAUUAGUACAAAAAGUAUAGAAAGUUCAAUUUAAUCGAGAAAAAAAAAACAUAAAAUUGAUAUUAAAAAAAUUUUUCAAGUGAUAAUUAAUUGAUUAUUAUGUUAGGAAUAAACUAGAGAAUUUAUUUAGUAUAUAUUUCUUUAAUUUUUGAGUAAUGUUCAAUUCUCUUUUAAUCAACUUACAUAUGCUUAGGUGAAUAAAAUAAAUUUUGGGAUCUUUAAUUGUUGCGUAAAUUAGAUUUUUCGUUUUGUCAUAAAAAAUUAGAGGAGGUAGGUAAGUUUGAUAUCGUUUCUUAGACUUCGUGAAUUAUUGUUUAUUCUGCAGUCGGUGUUUCUACAGAUAACUUUCCUUUCUGGAAACAUAGAAUAAAUCGAAGUACCUUUUGAUGCGAUUGUGUCAAUGAAAAGUAUUAAAAAGGAAUAAAUAUACGAUUGUUACAUUUGCAAACUA